GGAAAGUGAAAACAGAUGAGUGUGGAGCUGAUCGACGGCAGACUGCAGGAGGAUCGUGCUGCAAGGAGCUUUUUUAAACGUGUCGAAGAUGGAAGAAGUACUGGCGCCUUUAAGGGAGGCGGUGAGGGAACAGCACAUGAUAUUUGUCUGCAGGGUGACCUUGUGCAUCAGCUGAAGGAAAAAGGCGCCACAGAGUCGGAGCUGGGCAGAGCUGUUGCAGAGCUGAAAGCCCGGAAGAAGAUUCUUGAAGCAAAGGAGCUAGCUCUGCAGCCCAAAGACGACACAGUGGACAGAGUGAAGAUGGAGGAUACCUUAAAGAGGAGAUUCUUCUACGAUCAGGCUUUUGCCAUAUAUGGAGGUGUGAGCGGCCUGUACGACUUCGGUCCUGUGGGCUGUGCCCUGAAGAACAACAUCCUGCAGGUGUGGAGGCAGCACUUCAUCCAGGAGGAGCAGAUCCUGGAGAUCGACUGCACCAUGCUGACCCCCGAGCCUGUCCUCAAGACGUCGGGGCACGUGGAUAAAUUCGCUGACUACAUGGUGAAAGAUGCCAAGACGGGAGAAUGCUACCGCGCUGAUCACCUCCUCAAAGCUCACUUAAAAAAACUGAUGUCUGAUGAGAAAUGCUCUGCAGAGAAGGUGACUGAGAUGGAGGACGUAAUCACUCAGAUGGACAACUACACCCAGCAGGAGCUGACUGAUCUCUUUGUGAAAUACAACGUCAGGUCUCCCUCAACAGGAAAUGACCUCACACCUCCCGUCUCCUUUAACCUGAUGUUUCAGACGUCUAUUGGGCCUGGCGGGAAUACGCCUGGCUAUCUGAGGCCUGAAACGGCUCAGGGAAUGUUCCUCAACUUCAAACGCUUGCUGGAGUUUAACCAGGGAAAACUUCCCUUUGGUGCCGCUCAGAUCGGAAACUCCUUCAGGAACGAGAUCUCUCCUCGCUCUGGACUCAUUCGUGUGAGGGAGUUCACCAUGGCUGAGAUCGAGCACUUUGUGGAUCCGAAUGAGAAAGUCCACCCUAAAUUCUCCAACGUGGCCGACCUAGAGAUCCUGUUGUUCUCCUCCAAAGCCCAGACCAGUGGCCAGUCAGCACAAAUCAUUAGGCUGGGCGAUGCUGUGGAGCAGGGAGUGAUCAACAACUCAGUGUUGGGCUACUUCAUUGGAAGAAUCUACCUCUAUCUAACUAAAGUGGGGUUGUCCAAAGGGAAAGUGCGCUUCCGUCAGCACAUGGAAAACGAGAUGGCUCACUACGCCUGUGACUGCUGGGAUGCGGAGUCCAAAACCUCCUAUGGUUGGAUUGAGAUCGUGGGCUGUGCUGACCGCGCCUGCUAUGACCUCUCGUGUCACUCCAGAGCGACCAGAGUCCCUCUAGUGGCUGAAAAACCCCUGAAAGAACCCAAAGUAGUAAAUGUGGUCCAGUUUGAGCCCAACAAGGGAGCCAUAGGAACAGCCUUCAAGAAAGAUGCCAAGUUGGUUCUGGAGUACCUGGCUGUCUGCGAUGAAUGCUACAUCAGUGAUCAGGAGAAGCUUCUCAGUGAAAAUGGGGAGUUCAGCCUCGAGACAGCUGGCAAGACAUUUAAACUGACCAAAGACAUGGUCAGUGUGAAGAGGUUCCAGAAAACGUUGCACGUGGAGGAGAUUGUUCCCAAUGUAAUCGAGCCGUCUUUUGGCAUCGGCCGAAUCAUGUACUCCAUCUUCGAGCACUCUUUCCACGUCCGACAGGGCGAUGAACAGAGGACGUAUUUCAGCUUCCCUGCCACUGUAUCUCCAUACAAAUGUUCCAUCCUUCCUUUGAGCCAAAACCAGGAGUUUAUGCCAUUUGUCCACCAGCUGUCCGAGGCGAUGACUAAAUAUGGUGUCUCUCACAAAGUGGACGACUCUUCAGGAUCCAUCGGGAGGCGUUACGCCCGGUCAGACGAGAUCGGAGUGGCGUUCGGCAUCACCAUCGACUUCGACACGGCCAACAAGGCGCCUCACACGGCCACUCUGAGAGACCGCGACUCAAUGAGGCAGAUCAGGGCCGAGGUCACCGAGUUGCCAGGGAUGGUUCGAGAUCUGGCUAACGGCACUUUGAUGUGGGCUGAGGUGGAGAGCAAGUACCCCAUCUUUGAAGGACAAGAGACCAGCAAGAAGGAGUAAACAACCUGGGACUCCUCUACUCUAUGCACAGGGACCAAAUAAAGAUUUCACCAUUUUUUUUUUUUUUUACAACAAAUCCUUAUAAAUUUUGUAUUUUUAUACACAGAAAAAAAUAGUGUCUGUAAGUGGGUUUUGUUUAUGAUGGUAUGAUGGAGGAUUUGAAGGUGAAGGAAAGCUCAACCAAUCACAAACAAGCUGGACACAGUCCUCUAUGGCCUAUAACUUUCACCUGAGCAAGUCUCUUAACAAGUCCCAACAGAUGUGUAGUGCUGAUACUGUGAAAGCAGAAAACAUAGAUACAACCAGGUAUGGACUUGUGUUUCAUUCUGUGUUUUAAUACUGUAUACCUCAGUUAACCUUUCAAAAUAAACCACUCACACUACA